UUGCUGUUUGUUUCUGCUCUGUGAUGUUUCUACAUGUUCACUUCUUAUUUCAGCACAAACUUUGGAUGACUGCUGUUUAAACAUGGAUCAAUAUGGUUAUUAGGUUAUUGAUUGACUGCAAUCAGUCAAUAUUUCUAUGAGAUUAUUGAUGGACUUGAGUCAGUUUGAUGAGCUGCUGAUGUUUCUUUGUUUGUUCUCAAUCCAAACUGCAUGGUGUCUUUUUGACUUUGGGUUUGUGGGUGAGUCUCUGCAGCUCCAUGACUCCAUCUGCUGGACUGAUAGUAGAAGUGCAGCAGCUGAUCUUUUCCAGGAGGAUUUGAGUGGAUCAAUGAUGUUUGUUUCCUGUGCAGGUGAAGGUAGAAAGUGUGUGUGAGCUGCUGUGAGUUGAGCAGCAUGGAUGAGUGUGAGGACAGAGAGGAGGGAGUCCCUCCCUCUAAAAGCUCUCUGUGUGGGGAACAGGAGAACCAGAGCAAAGCUCAGAGGAAUCCACCUGGACCUGGACCUGGACCUGGACAUGAACCUGGACCUGGACCUGCAUCCAGCUGUGUGUCCUUAAAGAGUGACUGGUCUAAGGAUCAUCCUCCUGAAUUUAAAGGAGAACCAGGUCCUGCUGCAGAGGGAGUGGAGCAGCAGAACUCAGAGGUUCCCAGAGCUCAGUCUGUCCAGCAGCAUCACCUGGACUCCAUAUUCAUGCUGCUGGAGGACAACAUGGUGACAUUUGUGAAGAAGGAGCUGAAGAAGAUGCAGAAGGUUGUGAGUCCAGAUUACCCAGAAUGCUCCUCAGAGAGUCAGAGGGAGGAUGAGGAGGAGUUGGAGGGUGAUGAUGAAGAGCAGAGGAGCAGCAGAGAGAUGUUUCAGCAGAUCACAGUGUUGUUCCUGAGGAGGAUGAAGCAGGAGAAGCUGGCUGACUGUCUGCAGAGCAAAUUUCCUGCUGGAGUUUGUGGACGUGAACUUAAAUGUGGUCUGAAGAAGAAGUUCCAGAGAGUGUUUGAGGGCAUCGCUAAAGCAGGACAGUCGACCCUCCUGAAUGAGAUCUACACAGAGCUGUACAUCACAGAGGGAGGGACUGCAGAGGUCAAUGAUGAACAUGAGGUCAGACAGAUUGAAGCAGCAUCCAGGAAAGCAGACAGAGCAGAAACAACCAUCAGACCAGAAGACAUCCUGAAAGGCUCACCUGGAAGAGAUGGACCAAUCAGAACAGUGAUGACAAAGGGAGUGGCUGGCAUCGGGAAAACAGUGUUAACACAGAAGUUGACUCUGGACUGGGCUGAAGACAAAAGCAACCAGGACAUCCACUUCAUGUUUCCAUUGACUUUCAGAGAGCUGAAUGUGCUGAAAGAGAGAAAGUUCAGCUUGAUGGAACUUGUUCAUCACUUCUUCAGUGAAACCAAAGCAGCAGGAAUCUGCAGCUUUGAAGACUUCCAGGUUGUGUUGAUCUUUGACGGUCUGGAUGAGUGUCGCCUUCCUCUGGACUUCCACAACAAUGAGGUCCUGACUGAUGUUACAGAGUCCACCUCAGUGGAUGUGCUGCUGACAAACCUGAUCAGGGGGAAGCUGCUUCCUUCUGCUCGCCUCUGGAUAACCACACGACCUGCAGCAGCCAAUCAGAUCCCUCCUGACUGUGUGGACAUGGUGACGGAGGUCAGAGGGUUCACUGACCCACAGAAGGAGGAGUACUUCAGGAAGAGAUCCAGAGAUGAGGAGCAGGCCAGCAGCAUCAUCUCCCACAUGAAGAAGUCACGAAGCCUCCACAUCAUGUGCCACAUCCCAGUGUUCUGCUGGAUCACUGCUACAGUUCUGGAGGAGCUGCUGAGAACCAGAGAGGGAGGAGAUCUGCCCAGAACCCUGACUGAGAUGUUCAUCCACCACCUGGUGGUUCAAGCCAAAGUCAAGAAGGUCAAGUAUGAUGGAGGAGCUGAGACAGAUCCACACUGGAGUGAAGACAGCAGGAGGAUGAUUGAGUCUCUGGGAAAACUGGCUUUUAAUCAGCUGCAGAAAGGAAACCUGAUCUUCUAUGAGUCCGACCUGACAGAGUGUGGCAUCGAUCUGGAAGCAGCCUCAGUGUACUCAGGAGUGUUCACACAGAUCUUUAAAGAGGAGAGUGGACUGUACCAGGACAAGGUGUUCUGCUUCGUCCAUCUGAGUGUUCAGGAGUUUCUGGCUGCAGUCUACAUGUUCCACUGUUACACCAACAGGAACCAGAAGGUUCUGGAGGACUUCCUGGGAAAACACUGGAAAGACGAGAACAGAGACCUUCUGGAUGUGUUCCUGGAGAGAGUCAUGGAGAAAUCCCUCAGAAGUAAAAAUGGUCACCUGGACCUGUUUGUUCGCUUCCUUCAUGGCCUCUGUCUGGAGUCCAAUCAGAGACUCUUAGGAGGUCUGCUGGGUCGGACAGAGAACCGUCCAGAAAUGAUCCAGAGAGUCAUCAGAAACCUGAAGAAGAUGAAGAGUGAUGAAAUGUCUCCAGACAGAAGCAUCAACAUCUUCCACUGUCUGAUGGAGAUGAAGGAUCUCUCAGUACAUCAGGAGAUCCAAGAGUUCCUGCAGUCAGAGAACAGAUCAGAGAAGGAACUCUCUGAGAUCCACUGCUCAGCUCUGGCCUACAUGCUGCAGAUGUCAGAGGAGGUUCUGGAUGAGUUGGACCUCGACAAGUACAACACAACAAUGGAGGGAAAACUGAGACUGAUUCCAGCUGUGAGGAACUGCAGAAAGUUUCGACUUUCUGACUGUUAUCUCUCAGAGAGUCACUAUGAAGUCGUGGCCUCAGCUCUGAAGUCCAACCCCUCCCAUCUGAUAGAACUGGACAUGACCUGGAACUACCUGCAGGAUUCAGGAGUGAAGCAUCUUUCUGAUGGACUGCAGAGUCCAAACUGUAAACUGGAGACUCUCAGAUUGAAGGACUGCAGUUUGUCAGAGAUCAGCUGUGAUUCUCUGGUCUCAGCUCUGAAGUCCAACCCCUCCCAUCUGGAACAUCUGGACCUGAGCUGGAACAACCUGCAGGAUUCAGGAGUGAAACAUCUGUGUGGUUUUCUGGAGAAUCCAGACUGCAUCCUGAAGGAUCUGAGAUUGGAGGACUGCAGUUUGUCAGAGAUCAGCUGUGAUUCUCUGGCCUCAGCUCUGAAGUCCAACCCCUCCCAUCUGGAACAUCUGGACCUGAGACUCAACAAGCUGCAGGAUCCAUCAGUGAAACAUCUGUUAGAUCUUGUGGAGAAUCCAGACUGCAGCCUGAAGACUCUGAGAUGGAAGUGGUGCUGAUCAGGACGGUGUUUGUGCUGAGAGGAUGAAGUGUGUCCUGAUGAUCCAGAGGUUGAAGCAGCAGCAGCAGCAGCAGCAGCAGCAGCUGGUCCCUCUCUAUCUCCCCACAUCCACCAACCACUGGAACACAUCUCCAAAGUUCUGCUGGACCAGCUCAGCUUCCCCUCAGAAGAAGUGCUGCCACCUGCCAGAUGAAGGAGCCUUUUGAGAGGCAGCUGGCAUCGUGAUUGGACUGUACUUUGGUCUGUUCCAAUCCAGCUUCAGCUCCAGAGACGGCAGGCGGGACGAGUCAACGGAGGCCGGGUGGACGAAGACAUGAAGCUGAGAACAAUCCAGAAAACAACAGAGGAGGAGUGCAGCGGCCCAGAGCCAGAACAACCAGAGUAGCAUGACUAAAGAACUACAGACUCUUCACAACCUGCUCAAACUCUUGGUACAGGACCUCACCACACGGGUCAAGAAGGUUUCUGUCUCAUUUCUACUCUGAAGCUCACCUUCUCCUGCUCAAACUGCUGACAAAUGUUUCUGCUGCUCUAAAGUCUGCUCUCCAGAACUUCCUAAAAACUCUCAAAGUCUCUUCUGCUGCAGGUUGCUUUGUAGAACUGUUCCAGAAAACCUCACUAAACCACAUGGAGGGGCCUCAAGAUAGUCGUCCAAAUGAAACCAUACAAAAACCAAACUAGCACAACCCAAACGCUAAAGUCUCCUGCAGCCUACCAGAGAACCUCUGAGAACAGAGAAUCAGGACAGGAACUCUUACCUUCUGGACAACCAACGCUGGUUCUCAAACAAGAAUACAGAAUGUGUCUGAGCAAAAACCUCUAAAGACUCACUACAGCCAAGAUAAAGACACAACUCAGCUGCACCAAAUCCACUAAUCACUGCACACAUUAGCACCAUGUGCUCACUGUGGCUGAAGAGCCACAUUUACCAAGACAACUAUCCAGUACAAAGCCCUAAAACACACCAAGAAACACAUUAAAGACGAUUUUACUGCUGGAAGCUGCAAACCAACACCUAAAGAACAAACUAAAGCAAUGGAACCAAACCCGGUUCACUGGUGAAGAGAAACAGAGGAAAUGUUGGUCUGCAGCAAAACAAAGCAGGAAGACACUGAGCUGCUCAGGUGUUCCUGAUAACACCAAGCAGCCACCUGGACAGCCAAUAGGAACACAGCUUCCUGGAAGUCCAGAGGGCUGGCUUAGUGAAGUAAAUUUAGUUUAAAGUUGAAGCAGAAAGUUAACAAAAAGUUGAAAACCACCUUCUGAUACCUGAAAUCUCUGAGUUUUCACACAAAGAACACCUGAACAUGUUAAACUGGUUCCAUAGUAGAACCAUCAUUGUAAUCUGGGUCAUAAUCCGGGUUCCUCAUCACAGAACAAACCAGUUCAGCAGCAAAAUAACACUGAUCUGUUGUGUGGACUUUAAUUACAGUUUUAGCCUUUUUUAGAUUUUUACAGUUAACAUGUAAAUUAUUAGUUUUUUUUCCUGAGACUUUAACAUUUAUUCAAACCAAAAACCCUCUUUGAAUAACAGCAACUAUAUAAUUAUAAUGUUACUGUUUGUUGAUUUAAAUACAGUUAAACAGUAAUUUUGUAGUCAUGCAUCACAGAAGAGUAAAUUAUUUAUAAAAAUAUAUAUAGUAUGUCUCUGAAAACCUCAGAGUAUCGUAUCUACACCAUAGGGGAAACUGUGGGGAUCAGAACUGACAUCUAAAAAAAAAAAAGAAGAUUGUCUUCGACAUUCCAAAAGCCAGUUGGUGUAAAAAAUUAAAUGUAAAAGCCCGUCUCAUUUUUAUCAUUUUGAGUCAUAAUUUGUCUAAUUUAUACCAUUUUGAGUUACUUUUAUGUCAUUGUAUGUAAUAAUUUGUCAAAUUUUUCUAGUUCGGGCUCUGAAUUUGACUAAUUUUUAUCAUUUUGUGCUUAAUACCCUCUCUAUUUAGUUCAGCACCACUUACUGAUAUACUGGAAGGGAAAUAUUAUAAUUUUACCCCCACAGAAGUGGAUUAUAUUGUUAAUAAUGCUGCAGCCUCACUGCUUACAACUCUUGAUAGUGUUGCACCUGUAAAAAAGAAAGUUCUAUCUCAGAGAGGACCUGCUCCUUGGUAUAAUUCCCAGCUGUGGACUUUAAAGCAGGCGUCCCGAAAGCUGGAAAGGAAGUGGUACUCCACUAAUUUAGAGGAAGUUUAUGUAGCUUGGAAAAAAAGUCUAGUAAUUUAUAAAAAAGCUCUUCGUAAUGCCAGGACAACAUAUUAUUCAUCUUUAAUAGAGGAAAACAAGAACAACCCCAGGUUUCUCUUCAGCACUGUAGCCAGGCUGACAAAGAGUCAGAGCUCUGUUGAACCUUGUAUUCCUUUAGCUUUGAGCAGUAACAACUUCAUGAGCUUCUUUACAAAUAAAAUUAUUACGAUUAGAGAAAAAAUUAAUCUGGCCCUUCCUGCAAAUGUCACAGAUGUAUCAUCGAGUACAGAUGCUUUAGAAUUGGCUGUAAGACCAGAUGGAUAUUUAGAAUUUUUCACUCCCAUACGUCUCUCUGAACUCAUUUCAAUAGUUUCUACAUCCAAACCAUCAACAUGUCUUUUAGAUCCUAUCCCAACUAGACUGUUCAAGGAGGCUUUACCUUUAAUUAAUUCCUCAAUGUUAGAUCUGAUUAAUCUCUCUCUAGUAACAGGUUAUGUACCACAGGCUUUUAAGGUUGCUGGAAUCAAACCUUUACUUAAAAAGCCCACUCUAGAUCCAGAUGUUUUAGCCAACUAUAGACCAGUUUCCAACCUCCCAUUUCUCUCCAAAAUUCUGGAAAGAACAGUUGCAAAUCAAUUAUAUGAACAUUUACAAAGGAAUAGCUUGUUUGAAGAGUUUCAGUCAGGCUUCAGAGUGCAUCAUAGCACAGAAACAGCUCUGGUGAAAGUUACUAAUGACCUUCUCAUAGCGUCAGAUAAUGGACUGGUCUCUAUACUUAUUUUAUUGGACCUUAGUGCAGCAUUCGAUACAAUCGACCACAAACUUUUAUUACAGCGACUAGAACAUUCUAUUGGCAUUAAAGGGACAGCACUGGACUGGUUUAAAUCCUACUUAUCAGACAGGUUCCAGUUUGUGCAUGUCAACAAUGACUCUUCUGAGCAUACUAGGGUUAAUCAUGGAGUUCCUCAGGGUUCUGUCUUAGGACCAAUACUGUUCACAUUAUACAUGCUUCCCUUAGGCAAUAUUAUUAGUAAACACUGUAUUAAUGUCCAUUGUUACGCUGACAACACUCAAUUGUAUUUAUCUAUGAAGCCAAAUGAAACUAAUCAGCUAGCUAGACUGCAAGAUUGUCUUAAGGACAUAAAGACCUGGAUGACCUAUAAUUUCUUACUACUAAAUUCAGACAAGACUGAAGUCACUGUAUUUGGCCCCAAACAUCUUAGAGAAUUGCUUUCAAAGCAUAUAGUUACUCUGGAUGGCAUUACAUUGGCCUCCAGUACUACUGUGAGGAACCUUGGUGUUAUCUUUGACCAGGACAUGUCCUUUAACUCACACAUAAAACAAAUCUGUAGGACUUCCUUUUUCCACCUGAGAAAUAUUGUGAAAAUCAGGAACAUCCUGUCUCAGAGUGAUGCAGAAAAACUAGUCCAUGCAUUUGUUACUUCUAGGCUUGACUACUGUAAUUCCUUAUUAUCAGGUUGUCCCAAUAGCUCUCUGAAACAUCUACAGCUGAUCCAAAACGCUGCAGCCAGAGUACUGACAGGAGUUAGCAAGAGAGAUCAUAUUUCUCCUAUAUUGGUUUCUCUUCAUUGGCUUCCUGUUAAAUCUAGAAUAGAAUUCAAAAUCCUUCUUCUGACAUAUAAAGCUCUUAACAACCACUCUCCAUCAUAUCUUAAAGACCUGAUAGUACCAUAUUAUCCUAGCAGAACUCUUCGCUCUCAGACUGCAGGCUUACUUGUUGUUCCUAGAAUCUCUAAAAGUAGAAUGUGAGGCAGAGCCUUCAGUUAUCAGCUCCUCUCCUGUGGAACCAGCUCCCAGUUUGGGUUCUGGAGGUGGACACCCUCUCUAAUUUUAAGACCAGGCUUAAAACCUUCCUUUUUGACAAAUCUUAUAGUUAGGACUGACUGGGGGACCCUGAGGGGGUCAGCUGGUGUCUUCCUCUUGGAUGUCCCUUAGUUCUGCCCCUAGUUCUGCUGCUAUAGGCCUAGGCUGCUGGAGGACCUCUCUGGAUGCACUGAGCCCUUCUCUAUCUACCAUUAGAUUUAAUAUACAGUAUAUAUACCAUUAUUGCAUUACACUCACUCUGUUUCUCCCUGUGUCCUUUCUCCGAGUGUCCCUGAUCCCAGAGCUGGAUGCUUCAGAUCUGUGGUGGUUCUCCCACCUCCAGCUGCCCAUUUCCAUCAAUCUACUCUGCAUCACCCUCACUAUAUUUGAUUUGCUCAUUUACAUAUUCUUGAAUUUACCACCAGCUCCAUAUGUAGUAUAUUUAAUGCCAGAGCUGUACACCAUAGCAGUAAACUAUAAUUAGUUUCCAUGUUAGUUGUACUUUGCAUGUAUCAUCUGUCUUAUCAUGCAUGUAUUAUACUGUGUGUUUUAUGGUCCUUGUGUCCCCCCCCCACCUCUCUACCUCUACUUCUAUCCCUCUAUCUCUACCUCUCUACCUCUUCUGUUCCUCUCAACCCGUCCAGCCAGCAGGCAGAUGGUUCCCCCCACAUAAAGAGCCGGGUUCUGCUCGAGGUUUUUUUCCCUGUUAAAAGGGUGUUUUCCUGCCACUGUCGCCUUUUGGCUGCUCUGGGGUUCAGGCAUAACGUCUCGAGCCAAUUUGACUUUAAUUGGUGCUAUAUAAAUAAAUUGAAAUUGAAUUGAAUUGAAUUGAAUUGAAUUUUUCUUAGUUCUUAGUUGUUGCUCAGCUCUAAUUUUGCUUCCUUUGUUCUUUUUUUUGCCCUUUAAUAUCUUAUUUUAUAAGUGUUUAUUUAAUGUCUACUGCUGCACGAAGAGAGAGUAAUGAAAUUUCGAUUCUUGGUAUGUUAUGUACAUAUUGAAGAAUUGACAAUAAAGCUGACUUUGACUUUAA